UUUGAUUGUGUUGUUUAACUACUAAUCAUGUAUUAGAUAAGUUUACACUUUCAACAGUCAAUGCCGAGGUGGAUAUAUCCAGAAAAGUUGGGAUAACUAGCAAAGAGAGAUUUUAGGAAAUCAGAGUGAUGUUGAAAAUCUUAAAGUUUGAGAUUUUUAUCUUGCCAAAUGGCAAUAACUAUAUUAUAUAAUAGGAGCUGAAAAUUCAUCAGGCUUAUUAAACAGUGAACUAAAUUAAGUGUUUAACUUGAUAGUUCACUGAUCACAGAACUGAAACAAUGCCUGGAAUCAUGGUGGAAUCCUGCAGUGGUAAAGACUUCCCUGCCAAGCUAACAUCGCAGGUCCUUGUUUGCAGCAUCAUUGCAGCAUUUGGGGGUCUCAUGUUUGGCUAUGAUAUUGGCAUUUCUGGUGGAGUAACUUCAAUGGAUGAUUUCCUGGAGAAGUUCUUUCCACUUGUUUAUGUCAAGAAGCACAGAGCAAGAGAAGACAACUACUGCAAAUAUGAUAACAAAUAUCUUCAGCUCUUUACUUCUUCACUCUACCUUGCAGCCAUUUUAUCUAGCUUUGCAGCCUCUUUCUUCUGCAAGCUAUGGGGCCGCAAACCCACCAUCCAAGUUGCCUCAAUCUUCUUUCUUGUUGGAGCCAUCUUGAAUGCUGUCGCACAGAACCUUGGCAUGUUGAUUGCUGGAAGGCUUUGUCUAGGUGCCGGAGUUGGAUUUGGAAACCAGGCAGUGCCAUUGUUCAUAUCAGAAAUUGCGCCUGCCAAGUACAGAGGAGGCCUUAACAUAUGUUUUCAGUUGCUUAUAACAAUAGGGAUUCUGAUAGCCAAUAUCAUUAACUAUUUUACUUCAAAUUUACAUCCAUAUGGUUGGAGAAUUUCACUAGGUGGAGCUGCAGGCCCUGCUGUAAUCCUCUUGCUUGGCUCUAUUCUCAUCUCGGAGACCCCCACGAGCCUUAUAGAGCGGGGAAAGAUUGAAAAGGGUUUAGAAGUACUAAGAAAGAUUAGAGGUGUUGAUAAUGUUGAUAAAGAAUAUUUAGAAAUUUUGAAUGCCAUUGAGCUAGCUAAACAAGUUAAAAGUCCCUUCAGAAAUCUCAUAACGAAAAGGUCCAGUUGGCCACAACUCUUCUGUGGCACAAUUCUUCAAAUCUUUCAGCAGUUCACAGGCAUCAAUGUGGUCAUGUUUUAUGCUCCAGUUCUGUUUCAGACUAUGGGAUUGGGAGGCGACGCGUCGCUAUUAUCAGCUGUAGUCACUGAUUCUAUCAAUGUGGCAGCUACACUGAUUGCAAUUUUUACAGUUGACAGAAUUGGAAGAAGGACGCUGCUCAUAGAAGCUGUUAUUCAAAUGCUUAUUGCUCAGUCUGUAAUGGGAGCAACUCUUGCAAAGCAUUUGAAAGCAACAAACGUAAUGCCAAAGCAUUCAGCCAUGGUUGUGCUCAUCUUGAUCUGUGUAUUCGUGUCAGGAUUUGCAUGGUCAUGGGGUCCAUUGGGAUGGCUAAUUCCCAGUGAAAUCUUCCCAUUAGAGACUCGAAGUGCAGGGUUUUUCUUUGCAGUAAGCAUGAACAUGUUAUGUACAUUUCUGAUAGCUCAAACAUUUCUCUCAAUGCUUUGCCAUAUGCGAUCUGGGAUCUUCUUCUUCUUCGCUGCUUGGAUAGUUGUGAUGGGCCUCUUUGCCAUUUUCUUGCUGCCUGAAACAAAAGGAAUCCCAAUUGAUGAAAUGAAUGAAAAAGUAUGGAAGAAACAUUGGCUGUGGAAGAGGUGUUAUAAGAAGGAAACAGAAGAAAAUUUAGAGGAAAAGUCAUUGCCAUUGUCAUAGUUAUAUUGCUUGCUUUUGAAUGUUCCUUAAUUAGCAUAACUGCAAUUAAUUCCUUAGGGUAAUAAAUCAGUUUUCUUUUUUUUGGAGCCCAAUUUUCCAUUUACUUGAAGAGGGUUCUAAAAUUGUUAUUAUUAAAUAGCCUUGUACUUCCAUGGAAUUAUUUCA